GACGCCUUUUUUCUUCUGCGUGAUUAUCGUGAAUGGCAGUGAAGGACUGAACUCACUGGAGGAUAUUCGAGAAAAUAAUAUAAUGUGUUCUUAAAUAUAUAAAAUAACAAUACACGUUAUUUACAACCUUGUGCUAUUCUAGCUGAAAGAUGCUAUCUUCUUUGCUCAGGAUUCUCUUUUUCCAUGCCUUUCCCGUCUUGCUAAGCAGUUCCUUAGUUAGCUGCACUGCGCCCAAAACUCAGCACUCUUGCGACAAAAUUAAUCUUAUUGAGAGCUCAGCUGGACACAUUUUUAGUCCCUCUAGAGAUUACGGCAAUGGGAAUGUUUCCUAUCCAUCUAGAGUGAACUGUGCAUGGUACAUCAAGAUUCAGCCUGGUUCUGUCAUCACUUUAAGUUUCUCUACAUUUGACUUGGAGGAAGGGAGGCACCUCUGCAGUACCAAACCUUGUUGUGGUGAUACGUGGCUCUCAAUACUGAGCAUUCCUUCUCACUCAGCACAGCCUUUGUUUAACUUUCCUGUUCAAGAUACAGUCAACUUUUUGUAUUGUGGCUCUUUGUCACUCCCUCCAUUGAUCUUUUCUGGUUCUGGACUGAUUUUGACGUUUAAAACGGGCGAUAUAAUUACAGGAGGGAAAGGCUUCGUCCUCGACUUUACUAUUGAUAAACCCAUGAGAAAUUAUUGUGAGGACGAUCACUUCCACUGCAGCAAUGGCAAAUGUAUUCUUAAAACUUGGUUGUGCAAUGGCUGGGACGAAUGUGGAGAUUCUUCCGACGAGCAAAAUUGUACAGUGGCAUGCAAAACAGGUUAUUCUCAUUGCAGUUCAAACAGUUCCCUUUGCUACGACUUUAUCCACGGUCGAUGUAAUGGAAUACUCGAUUGCCCUGGUGGAGAGGACGAACAAGCUUGUGCCUUAACUUGUGGGAAUCAACUUCCCUGUCGGACUCGAGGAGGCUGCUAUAGAUCGGCUCAGCGCUGUGACGGGAUGAACGAUUGCCCAGACGGAUCAGACGAAGAAGCAUGCGACGCGGCGCUUUGUGGACCACAUCGCGACGGCUUUCUCUGCCGUAAUCGACAUUGUGUUUCAGCCUCAGCUCGUUGCGAUGGAGUCCAAGAUUGUGGCGAUUUCAGCGAUGAAGAGACUUGCAUGAAGAUGUCUGUCAUCACGGCUGUCAUUCUGGGCUCUUUGAUUUGCGGCCUUUUACUUGUUAUUGCUGCCGGGUGUGGAUUGCGGUUGUACCACUUGAGAGUAGCCCUAGAACAACGAUGGUCGACCAUUCGCCUUCAGCAACGCACCGUCCAUAGUCAAGAUUUUGACGAGUUCGGACACAGAAGACCCGUGAUGGGCAGAUUACCACCCCCGAGCUACGCCCAAGCCACGGGUGCUGUGGAUGUUUCAUCGUCGUCAAGGACCAUCUCCCCACUGGGCACUUACGUUCCAUCCCAACGUCAGAGACAAUCGAAUCGCGUCCGCCGUCCUGCCCCACCGUUGCCAGAACCGCCAAUGCCUUUACCAUUACGGCUCUCUACGUCCGGUCCGUCCAGUGUUGAAGUGGAACUACGUGCACAGUUGUCCCCUAAUGACAUUACUGAUCCAUUACCGCAACCAGCUCAGCCAUCCUCUCAUUUGGCUGCUGGAAGUUUCCUGGCCCGUCUAGUGAGGCGAGUCUGGAGAAAAGAUUCAUCAUCCAAUGGAGGUGGUGGAUCUGGCGAUGGAGUGUCUUUCUCUCCUUCAUCGCCCAGCUCAUCCAGCCUCCCUGACGCUCAGGGUCCGAUUGCACAAGAUAUGCACAUCAAUAGCGGAGGUGGCACGACCAAUCCCAGUCGGACUGCCUAUCAUCUUUCUGCCUUCAUUGCGCCCCGUUCAGAUGAUAUUGACGAUGCGGGAGACGACGAUGAAGACGACGUUGACACGGAACCUCUCAUCGAGUCUCAUAGUCCCUAACUGUCCGUCAUAUUGAUCUUUGUACAUUUUGUCAGCCAACUAUCAAAGAAAUAUCAUAUUUAAUCUCAUUUAUCGAAGGGAAAAAAAAAGGAAAAUCAUAUCAUUAAGGGAAAAGAAAUUGUAACAAUAUCACGAAUAUUGCAUGAAUUCUUGGGCAGAUUGGUAAAGAUCUGGAUUGAGAAAUGCAACCUUAAACUCUAAAAAUAAUAUCAAGCUCCUAGGGAGGAAAACCUGCUUUAAAUAAUAAGAGUAAGCUACGGUAUGGAACCAAACAUUUUAGCUUGUUUUUAAGCCCUUCUGAUUGGUAAGCCUGUUGUAUGUGUGUGUUCAAUAUGAACGUGUGUAUGUGUGCUAAAAUGUACAGCCUUAUUUUGAAAUAAGAUAAAUUUUUAUGUUA